AUGGAGCCAAACUGCCAUAGCCAGCCGCAGGAAGAGAAUGGCAACCCCGGCAAAAGCAGCAGCUUUCUCUGCAGACAGUCCAGCGCUCGCUGGAUUCCCACAGGAGACCAGAUAAGAAUUUUGAGAGAUCUUUACUACAACUAUGGCGUCCGAUCUCCCAGUGCCGAGCAAAUCCAACGAAUUUCUGCUAAGCUUCGACAGUAUGGGAAGAUCGAAGGAAAGAAUGUCUUCUACUGGUUUCAGAACCAUAAAGCUCGAGAGAGGCAGAAGAAGCGGCUGACUUCUGAUAUUGCCAGCUCUAACAAUUCCAAUGUUAUAAACAAGCUUGGUUUGGGUUCUAUGGGGCCUUAUGAUGCUGCGGACAAAAGCUUCAGAGGAUGCUGCUUCUCCGGUUCAGGAGAUGGGCCGGAAACGGGUCUAGGAUGGUUUGGUGUGGAAACAGCCUUACAAGUAAGUCCAUGGAAUUACCACUGUGCCAUUAACGGUCAAGAAACAGCCUCAGCUCGAACCCUAGAGACUCUUCCUCUGUUUCCCAUCCGAGGAGAAGAAGAAGCAAACGGUGAACAAGAAAUUCAAAAUUCUUUCUAUUGUGGCCAGAGCCAGGAAGAGAAUUUUAACGGCUACCCACGUGGCGGAGCUUCAUUGGAGCUCAGUCUCAACUCUUACUACUAUGAGUCUCCCAGCUAUAUGUGA